AUGGUCUACACCGAGGACAACAACACAGCCACUGGCUUCAUGAUCUCUGAUCAGAAGGACUGGCAGUCGUUCAAGAAGCAAGAUUUCAAGCUCAAGCCUUUCGAGGACCGUGACAUUGAUAUCGCUAUUGAAUGCUGCGGUGUUUGUGGUAGCGACGUCCACACCAUCAGUGGUGGUUGGGGUGAGGCUCCCAUGCCCAUUUGUGUUGGACACGAGGUCAUCGGAAAGGCCGUCCGCGUCGGCAAGGACGUCAAGACUGUCAAGGUCGGCGACCGCGUUGGUGUCGGCGCUCAGAUCCAGGCGGACUUAACCUGCAACAACUGCAAGGCCGAUCAGGAGAAUUACUGCCCCAACUCUGUUGACACCUACGGCGCGCCAUACGCGGACGGGACCAUUGCUCAGGGAGGAUAUGCUUCCCACAUCCGCGCCCACGAAUACUUCACAUUCAAGAUCCCCGACAACAUUGACAGUACCAUUGCUGCGCCUAUGAUGUGUGCAGGAUUGACUGUGUACUCACCUCUGAUCCGCUUGGGAGCUGGCCCGGGCAAGAAGGUCGCCAUCGUUGGACUUGGUGGCCUUGGACAUUUUGCUGUCAUGUUCGCCAAGGCUCUCGGUGCAGAGGUAUACGUUCUUUCUCACAGCGCCAAUAAGAAGGAGGACGCACUGAAGAUGGGUGCCGACGAAUUCAUUCUCACCACCGAGAAAGACUGGUUCAAGCCGUAUGCCUUCCAGUUUGACUUCAUCCUCAACGCCGCCGACGCCACCCACAAAUUCAACCUCAAGGACUACUUUAGCACCAUCAAGGUCAUGGGUCGCUUCCACAACGUUGGUCUUGGUGACCAGCCUCUUCCUCAACUCAUGGCUCAGGAUUUUGCUCCCAAUGGGUGCUACAUUGGAGCCUCGCACAUCGGAAAUCGCCCUGAAAUGUUGUCAAUGUUGGAGCUUGCAUCAAAGAACAACAUCAAGACCUGGGUUGAGAAGGUCCCGAUCAGCGAAGAAGGCUGCAAGAAAGCCGUUUCCGGUGUCUACAACAACGAUGUCCGUUAUCGAUACGUCCUGACUGACUUCGACGCUGCCUUUGGCAAGCGUGAUUAG